UCUUACUCUCUCUCUCCGAUUCCGAGAGAUUUUCUUGUUCUAUUUUCCUUCACUUUCUCGAUCAUUUUCUUUCCCGUUUCUGCCAUAAUCGCACGACAUCUCCAGUUCUCGUCGGAUUUUCUUCCUCCAAGGUAGCUUGGAUUGCAUAUAAUUUGAAUGACUUCUGAAGCAGUAUUAUAAUGGAAGAAGGAGAAAUAAAGGAGAUUGAUGAAAUCUCCAGGAAGGAUUCGGAUAAUCAUGAAGUAGUUGGUGGUGUACAUAGAGAUACUGGUUCAUCUCAGCAGGAGAAUAUUAAUAUUACUGGUGGUGAUGAAGCUGUGAUUAGUAAUAAUAUUUCAGUCUUGGAUGGGGUUGAUUUAGUAGAUGUAGCUGUGGAUGAAGAUCAGUUUGAGCAGGUUUCUUUGACAGAUCAAGAGAAAGCUGUUGUUCCUAGGAGUAGUGAUGUCGAUUCAAACCGAUCGUCAAAUUCAGAUAAUGCAAGAUACUCAUAUGGUAGGUUUGAAGAUGCUGCGCAAUUUUCACUUGUUGCAUUUACUGCUGAAUCUGAUUCGUCCCCAGUUCGCCAAAUACAGCAUGAUCACCCUUCUCAGAGCUCUCAUCACGACAAACGUUUUGACUCUAUCAAACCAUCUACCUCAUCUACUAGUAUUGAUUCUGCUUUACAUGAGGACGCUUCGAUUUCGUCUGCUGGUUCUCCUGCAAAUCCUAAAGCAAAAGCUGCUAUGCCAAAUGUGUCUCCAGAGUUAUUGCAUUUAGUGGAUUCUGCUAUUAUGGGAAAGCCAGAAAGUUUGGAAAAAUUGAAGAAAAUUGUUAGUGGGGUGGAGAGUUUUGGAGCCGGGGAGGAAAUGGAGAGCAUUGCUUUAUUGGUAGUCGAUUCACUUAUUGCAACUAUGGGUGGCGUUGAAAGUUUUGAAGAAUAUGGGGAUAACAAUCCUCCUAGUGUAAUGCUAAACUCUCGGGCUGCCAUUGUGGCAGGUGAACUCAUUCCUUGGCUCCCUUGGGAAGGUGAUAGUGAUGUUGUCAUGUCCCCUCGGACGCGGAUGGUUAGGGGGUUGCUUGCAAUAUUACGUGCUUGCACAAGAAAUAGAGCAAUGUGUUCUAUGGCUGGUUUGUUAGGUGUUCUUUUCUGGUCAGCAGAAAACAUUUUUACGGAAAAUGUGGGCUCAAUGGAAGAAAUGAAAUGGGAUGGAACUCCUUUGUGCUACUGCAUUCAGUACUUAGCAGGGCAUUCAUUGAGUGUCAUUGAUUUGCACAGAUGGUUUCAAGUAAUUACAAGAACGCUUACUACUGUUUGGGCAACUCGCUUAAUGCUUGCUUUGGAGAAGGCGGUGGGUGGAAAGGAAUCAAAGGGACCAGCAUGUACUUUUGAGUUUGAUGGUGAAAGCUCUGGUUUGCUUGGUCCAGGGGAAAGUCGUUGGCCAUUCACAAAUGGGUAUGCAUUUGCAACAUGGAUUUACAUUGAAUCAUUUGCAGAUACAUUGAAUACAGCAACUGCUGCUGCAGCAAUAGCUGCUGCAGCAGCUGCCAAGUCAGGAAAAUCUUCAGCUAUGUCAGCUGCUGCUGCUGCCAGUGCACUCGCUGGUGAAGGGACAGCACACAUGCCACGCCUGUUCAGUUUUUUGUCUGCUGACAAUCAGGGAAUAGAGGCAUAUUUUCAUGCACAGUUCUUAGUGGUUGAAAUUGGCAGUGGAAAAGGAAAGAAGGCUUCUUUACAUUUUACUCAUGCAUUCAAGCCACAAUGCUGGUACUUCAUUGGUCUGGAGCAUACUUGCAAGCAAGGGCUGCUUGGAAAAGCAGAGAGUGAACUGAGAUUAUACAUUGACGGAUCAUUGUAUGAAUCACGACCUUUUGACUUUCCUCGAAUCUCCAAGCCACUUGCAUUUUGUUGCAUAGGGACAAACCCCCCUCCGACAAUAGCUGGUUUACAACGUCGUCGUCGUCAAUGCCCUUUGUUUGCUGAGAUGGGACCUGUUUAUAUUUUUAAGGAACCAAUUGGUCCAGAAAGGAUGGUACGCCUGGCUUCUAGAGGAGGGGAUAUGCUUCCUUCAUUUGGCCAAGGAGCAGGGUUGCCAUGGCUUUCAACAAAUGACUAUGUGCAGAGUAUGGCAGAGGAAAGUUCACUUUUAGAUGCAGAAAUUGGAGGAUGCAUUCAUCUUCUCUAUCACCCUAGUUUACUUAGCGGGAGAUUUUGUCCUGAUGCUUCUCCUAGUGGCGCCGCAGGCAUACUCAGACGGCCAGCUGAGGUUCUUGGACAGGUCCACAUUGCUAUGCGAAUGCGACCAGUGGAGGCUCUAUGGGCCCUGGCAUAUGGAGGUCCAAUGUCUUUGCUUCCUCUUGCAAUUAGUGAUGUGCAAAACAAUAGCUUGGAACCACAACAAAAUAAUUCUUCUUUGUCAAUGGCUACUGCUUCUCUUGCUGCUCCAAUAUUUAGAAUAAUUUCUAUGGCUAUUCAGCACCCCAGGAACAAUGAAGAGUUAAGUCGUGCCAGAGGACCUGAAGUUCUAUCAAGAAUCUUAAAUUACCUUCUGCAAACUUUAUCAUCUCUUGGUACCGGAAAGCAUAAUGGUGUGGGGGAUGAGGAACUUGUUGCAGCUGUUGUGUCCCUCUGUCAAUCUCAGAAAAAUAACCAUUCACUUAAGGUGCAGCUGUUUAGUACGCUGCUCCUGGAUCUUAAAAUUUGGAGCUUAUGUAAUUAUGGACUGCAAAAGAAGCUUCUAUCAUCACUUGCUGACAUGGUUUUCACAGAGUCGUCUGUAAUGCGAGAUGCUAAUGCCUUUCAAAUGCUUUUGGAUGGCUGCAGAAGGUGCUAUUGGACUAUUCGCGAAACGGACUCUGUGAAUACCUUUUCUUUAAAUGAGGCAACACGACCUGUUGGUGAAGUGAAUGCAUUGGUUGAUGAACUGUUGGUGAUAAUUGAACUUCUAAUAGGAGCAGCACCUCCUUCGUUGGCUUCAGAUGACGUCCGUCGUUUACUUUGGUUCAUGGUUGAUUGUCCACAACCCAAUCAGGUUGCAAGGGUGUUGCAUCUAAUCUACCGCUUAGUGGUACAACCAAAUACAUCCAGAGUUCACACAUUUGCAGAGGCAUUUAUAGCUUGUGGUGGGGUGGAAACUCUUCUGGUUCUACUGCAACGGGAAGCCAAAACUGGUGACUCUAGCGUUCUUGAAUCCAGCACCAACAGCGACAAAACUUUGGGGGUUCAGGGACCUGAGCUAGAUGGUGGAAGUGGGGAACCUGGAAAGUAUGAGGAUUAUGAAACAGGACACAAAGAGAAGGAGCUCAGUUCCAGCGAGGAUGUUGGUAAAUCUGAGACCUCCAACUGUAGAGACAACCCUGCUCCUGUUUCCCCAAAUGUCAGAAUUGAAAGGAUGGUUUCUGUUUCUGAUAAUUCUUUUCUUAAGAAUCUGGGUGGUAUCAGCCUUUCAAUAAGUGCAGACAAUGCAAGAAAUAAUGUUUAUAAUGUUGACAAGACUGAUGGCAUUGUUGUUGGAAUCAUUGGGCUGUUGGGUGCUUUAGUAGCAUCUGGUCAUUUAAAAUUUGAUUCAUAUGCUUCCUCAGAUGUGACCAGUAAUCUUCUGGGAACUGGACUGCAUGAUGGAGGUAGCACCAUGUUUGAUGAUAAAGUUUCUCUCCUACUUUUUGCUUUGCAUAAAGCUUUCCAAGCAGCACCAAAAAGGCUCAUGACUAGCAAUGUCUAUGUGGCAUUAUUUGGGGCAUCGAUCAAUGCUUCUUCGACUGAUGAUGGGCUGAACUUUUAUGAUUCGGGUCAUCGAUUUGAACAUUCACAGCUUCUCUUGGUUCUUCUACGUUCACUUCCAUAUGCAUCUAGGUCUUUCCAAAGCCGAGCACUCCAGGAUCUUCUGUUUUUGGCAUGCAGUCACCCAGAAAAUAGAAUUGCUCUGACAAAAAUGGAGGAAUGGCCGGAAUGGAUUCUGGAGGUUCUUAUCUCUAACUAUGAGGUGAAUGCGAGCAAAAGUUCUGAUUCUGUAAGCCUUGGAGACGUAGAAGACCUGAUACACAACUUCCUUAUUAUAAUGUUAGAGCAUUCAAUGCGCCAGAAGGAUGGGUGGAAGGACAUUGAAGCUACCAUUCAUUGUGCAGAGUGGCUUUCCAUUGUGGGUGGAUCUAGCACUGGAGACCAAAGAAUUAGACGCGAAGAAUCAUUACCCAUAUUUAAGAGAAGGCUUUUGGGUGCCUUGCUAGACUUUGCUGCUAGAGAACUCCAAGUUCAGACUGAAGUUAUUGCUACAGCAGCUGCUGGCGUUGCAGCAGAGGGGUUAUCACCAAAAGAUGCCAAGGCAGAAGCAGAUAAUGCUGCGCAACUUUCAGUAGCUUUGGUGGAGAAUGCAAUCGUAAUACUAAUGCUUGUUGAGGAUCAUUUACGAUUACAAAGCAAGCAAUCUUGUGCUUCACGUGCUCCAGAUGGUUCUAAAUCCCUCUUUUCUCUUGCAUCUCCCUUGAAUAACCGCACCAAUUCAUCAACUACUGGUGAUCGCGGAUCAUUAUCUAGUCAUCCUGGGGGACUACCUCUUGAUGUUCUCGCUACUGUGGCUGAUGGGAAUGGACAAGUCUCAACAACAGUGAUGGAACAUCUUACUGCUGCGGCAGCAGCUGAGCCUUAUGAAUCUGUGUCUUGUGCUUUUGUUUCAUAUGGAAGUUCUUCUGUGGAUUUGGCCGAGGGAUGGAAGUAUAGGAGUCGAUUGUGGUAUGGUGUUGGGCUUUCUUCCAAAGAAGCUCCCUUUGGUGGUGGUGGUAGUGGCUGGGAAUCUUGGAAGUCUGCACUGGAGAAGGAUGCAAAUGGAAACUGGGUUGAACUUCCCUUGGUAAAGAAAUCUGUUGCAAUGCUCCAAGCUCUUCUAUUGGACGAAUCUGGACUUGGUGGUGGUCUUGGGAUAGGUGGUGGAUCAGGAACUGGAAUGGGGGGGAUGACAGCUCUUUACCAGUUAUUGGACAGUGAUCAACCGUUCUUAUGCAUGCUUCGGAUGGUUCUUCUUUCAAUGAGGGAAGAAGAUGAUGGUGAAGAUAGUAUGCUCUUGUGGAAUGUAAGCAUAAAUGAAGCAAAAUCAGAAGGAAGGAAACCGCGUUCGGCAUUGUUGUGGAGUGUGCUUUCACCGGUUCUAAACAUGCCGAUAUCAGAUUCUAAGAGACAGAGAGUGUUAGUAGCUUCUUGUGUUCUUUAUUCUGAGAUAUAUCAUGCAGUUAGUAGGGACAGAAAGCCUCUUCGUAAACAGUAUCUUGAGGCCAUCAUACCUCCUUUUGUUGCUGUUCUGAGAAGGUGGAGGCCACUCUUGGCUGGUAUUCAUGAACUUGCAACUGCUGAUGGUUUGAAUCCACUUAUUGUCGAUGACCGUGCAUUAGCUGCAGAUUCCCUCCCCGUAGAGGCCGCCCUGGCGAUGAUCUCUCCAGCUUGGGCUGCUGCUUUCGCAUCACCACCUGCUGCAAUGGCCCUUGCAAUGAUUGCUGCUGGCGCAUCUGGUGGGGAAAAUCCAGCUCCCACAAUAACUGCUCAGCUUAAGCGUGACUCCUCGUUAUUGGAGCGUAAAGUUACUAGGCUCCAUACAUUUUCAAGCUUUCCAAAACCUUUGGAGGGGCCUAACAAAUCCUCAGCUCUUCCAAAGGACAAGGCUGCAGCAAAAGCUGCUGCCUUAGCUGCUGCACGAGAUCUUGAGCGUAAUGCGAAAAUUGGUUCUGGGAGGGGUCUCAGUGCUGUGGCUAUGGCCACAUCUGCGCAGCGGAGGAAUGCUAGUGAUACGGAGCGUGUGAACAGAUGGAAUGUUGCUGAAGCAAUGGGAGUUGCCUGGAUGGAAUGUUUGCAACCAGUUGAUACAAAAUCAGUCUACGGAAAAGAUUUUAAUGCUUUGUCCUAUAAGUUUAUUGCUGUCCUUGUUGCAAGUCUUGCUUUAGCAAGGAACAUCCAAAGAUCAGAGGUCGACAGGCGUGCUCAAGUAGACGUAAUAGCUCGUCAUCGUUUAGGCAAUGGAAUUCGAGCAUGGCGUAAACUCAUUCAUUGCUUGCUAGAAAUGAAUUGUCUUUUUGGGCCAUUUGCAGAACAGUUAUGCAGUCCUCCACGUGUUUUUUGGAAACUAGACUUUAUGGAAACUUCUUCUAGGAUGAGACGAUGUUUAAGGAGGAAUUAUAGAGGGUCAGAUCAUCUUGGUGCUGCUGCCAAUUAUGAUGACCAUGUUAACAUAAAAGAAGAUCAACAAAGUGUCAUAAGUUCAUCAAGUGCUCCUAUUCUGGCAGCAGAAGCAAUCUCGAUGGAUAGAGUAAAUGAAGAUGAUGACCCAGUGGAAAUUGAUCAUUUGGAAGGGAGGGCCUAUGGUAUAGAACAAAAUGCGGAGAAUCAAUCAGAGUUCUCUGUAACAGCUGAGCAAACCGUGCCAGUCCCUGUGGCAUCUGCUGAUGUUCGACUUACUAAUGAUCAGGACUUGGUUGAAAGUUCAUCAGCAGUUGCCCUUGGUUACGUUCCGAGUGAACUUGAUGAAAGAAUUGUUCUUGAGCUUCCUUCAUCGAUGGUUCGCCCGCUGAGAGUCAUACGUGGAACUUUUCAAGUCACAACUAGAAGAAUAAAUUUCAUAGUUGACAAUAGUGAAAGCAAUGCUGCAGUGGAUGGGUUAAAUAGCAUGGAAGUGAGAUAUGAAGAAAAAGAUCGCAGCUGGUUGAUGUCUUCCCUCCAUCAAAUUUAUAGCAGAAGAUAUCUUCUAAGAAGAAGUGCUUUGGAACUUUUUAUGAUUGACCGUUCAAACUUCUUCUUUGAUUUUGCGAGCACUGAAGGGCGAAGAAAUGCAUAUCGUGCUAUUGUACAAGCUCGUCCUCCUCAUCUGAACAACAUAUAUCUUGCAACUCCGAGGCCGGAACAACUUCUGGAAAGAACUCAGCUUAUGGAGCGCUGGGCUAGGUGGGAGAUCAGCAAUUUUGAAUACUUGAUGCAGCUGAAUACAUUGGCUGGGCGUAGUUAUAAUGAUAUUACUCAGUACCCUGUUUUCCCAUGGAUUCUUUCGGAUUACACUUCAGAGAGUUUGGAUCUCAUGGACAGUUCUUCUUACCGAGAUCUUUCAAAGCCUAUCGGUGCACUAAAUCCUGAUCGACUGAAAAAAUUUCAAGAGAGAUAUUCAAGCUUUGAGGAUCCAGUCAUCCCCAAAUUUCAUUAUGGUUCACAUUACUCAAGUGCUGGAACUGUACUGUAUUAUCUUUUUAGAGUGGAACCAUUUACAACUCUUUCCAUUCAACUACAAGGCGGAAAAUUUGAUCAUGCGGAUCGGAUGUUUUCAGAUAUUGCUGCUACUUGGGAUGGAGUUCUUGAGGACAUGAGUGAUGUGAAGGAACUGGUUCCUGAGCUUUUCUACCUCCCUGAGAUAUUAACCAAUGAAAACUCAAUUGAUUUUGGUACGACACAGUUAGGCGGAAAGCUUGAUUCCGUUAAACUUCCUCCUUGGGCCGAAAACCCUAUAGAUUUCAUUCAUAAGCAUAAAAUGGCUCUCGAGAGUGAGCAUGUAUCUGCACAUUUGCACGAAUGGAUUGAUCUUAUCUUUGGGUAUAAGCAACGAGGAAAAGAAGCUAUAUUGGCAAAUAAUGUUUUCUUUUACAUUACCUAUGAAGGGACUGUUGAUAUUGAUAAAAUCUCGAACCCAAUACAAAAGCGUGCCACACAAGAUCAAAUUGCUUACUUUGGGCAAACACCAUCCCAACUUCUUACCGUGCCUCAUAUGAAAAGGAUGCCAUUAGCGGACGCCCUUCAUGUGCAGACCAUAUUCCGGAACCCAAAGGAGGUCAAACCAUAUUCCGUCCCUGCACCUGAACGCUGCAAUCUACCUGCUGCUGCAAUUCAUGCAUCUUCAGAUACUGUUGUAAUCGUGGAUAUAAAUGCACCAGCAGCUCAUGUUGCUCAGCACAAGUGGCAGCCAAACACACCUGAUGGUCAGGGUACACCAUUCCUCUUUCAACAUGGAAAGGCUGCAGUAAGCUCUAGUGGUGGAACAUUUAUGCGGAUGUUCAAAGGGCCGUCUGGGGUUGGUUCUGAUGAUUGGCAUUUCCCACAAGCAUUAGCUUUUGCUACAUCAGGGAUUAGAAGCUCAUCUAUUGUUUCCAUAACAUGGGAUAAGGAAAUUAUCACUGGUGGACACGUGGAUAACAGUAUCAAGCUAAUAUCAUUGGAUGGAGCAAAAACAUUAGAAACGGCCCAUGGGCAUUGUGCUUCAGUCACUUGUCUUGGUCUUUCACCUGAUAGCAGCUAUCUUGUGACAGGAAGCCGAGACACUACUGUGUUACUUUGGAGAAUACAUCGGGCAUUUACCUCUCAGUCGAGCAGCAUAUUGAACCCUCAGGCUGGUGCCAGUACAGCAAAUUCACCCAGCAGUAGUAAUUCAAGCACAUUGGCAGAGAAAAGCAGGAGACGUCACAUAGAAGGUCCCAUAUAUGUUCUCCGUGGCCACCAAAGUGAAAUUCUCUGUUGUUGCGUUAGCUCAGAUCUUGGACUUGUUGUGUCAUGCUCCCAUUCAUCUGAUGUCUUGUUACAUUCUAUAAGAAGAGGUCGAUUGGUAAGAAGACUGCCUGGUAUCAGGGCCAAUGCUGUCUGCCUUUCAUCCGAAGGAGUUAUACUCACUUGGAACAAAUCACAACAUAGUCUCAGGACCUUUACUCUUAACGGGGUACCAAUUUCUAGUAUUCAACUUCCUUUCACCAGAACUAUCAGUUGCAUUGAAAUUUCUGUUGACGGACGAAGUGCUCUAAUUGGAAUAAACACAUGUAUGGAAAAUGACGAACCCAAUAGCUGGGAUUUGAAGCUGAAGAAGCCAGGAUUUGACAAUAUUAAUCAGGAAUCUGACAAGAAUGAAGAAAUAAACAGAUUGGAUCUUCCAUCACCUUCAAUCUGCUUCUUGGAUCUGCAUACUUUGAAGAUAUUUCAUAUCCUGAAGUUAGUAGAGGGACAGGAUAUUACCGCUCUUGCUUUAAACAAUGACAACACGAAUCUUCUGGUGUCUACCGCUGAUAAGCAGUUGAUAAUCUUCACAGAUCCCACUUUGAGCUUGAAGGUGGUGGAUCAGAUGCUCAAACUCGGCUGGGAAGGUGAUGGACUCAGCCCCCUCAUUAGAUAAUAUUUACAGGCCAUACUUAGAGGGAUACUGAAGAUAUCCCAUUACCCAAAAAAUUACCAUUAGGAAAGUAUUGCAAGGGCAUGUUGAAUGGCCCCGCCUUCUGCAUGUCGAGUCGUUCAGUUCAUUUGCGGUUCGGAAAUGUAACAUGUAUCCGAUAAAGAACUACCUAAAUAUCUCAAGAGUUCUUAGGUUAUUAGAUAUACAGGGGGUUUCUUUUUUGUUUUUGUUUUCGCUUUUUCCUCUAUUCAAUUGGCUGUAUGUAUGUUACCUUGAGAUACGAGGAGUCUUGGGCUGUUGAGGCUCGAGCAGUUGAUGGAAAAUUUUUUGACAAAUUAGGGAAUGAAAAUAUAGAAAUUAAUUCUUU